AUGGUCCGUGCCCUGUGCUCACUGCUGCUGCAGCAGCGGCUCCACACCCACAAGCCAGCGCACACGCCAUGCAUACCGCCUCAUUUCCCCGUCGUCUCCUCAUCACUGAUGCUCGGUUUGUCGCCGAGGCAGGGCGGCCAGCAGUGGGAGCAUCGGCAUGGGCAAGGGAGCAGCGAGUGCCAUACCUGCCUCGAACCGUGUCUGCACCAACCUCGCCCGAAGCUAAGUGCUCUACCCUCAGGUUCUCACCUUCUCUCCUUCGAAUUCCGUUCUGUCUCGCAUGCUCAUGCCGCCGUCUCUGCUCUCGCUGCAAGGGGACACGCCGAGGGAGUCAACCACCUCCCCAGCAGAGCUCUCACCAUCCACCAUCGUCUUCCCUGGUCGAAUGCUGCUUCCUUCCCUUCUGCAUCUUGCUUCCUUGCACUCACUUCGUCCUUAACUGCCCUCCUCCUCCCUCCCUGCAGGUCACUUGGCAGCACGGGGAGGGGUGGCAUGGGGAAGGAGGCAGGGGCGGCAGCAGAGGUUGCAAGUGGGAUGCUGGGAGCAGCGAGCGCCACACUCACGCCACCUGCCUCGAAUCUCACUGCAGCAACCCAUCCCGAAGCUAAGUGCUCCACCCUCCCUUUCCCUUCUGCGUGUCCUUACAUCAUGUUUUGUCUGUCUUGCAUUCUCAUGCACCCACCGCUGCUCUUACUGCAAGAGGACACGCCCAGGGAGUCAACCACCUCCCCCGGUAAGUAA